CCUCUGUUGCUGCACACUUUCCUUUCUUCUUCAUCUCUGUGAACCUGAUCUCCACUGGGCCUAUGGUGGAACAACAGCCCUUCAAGGUCUCAGAUGAAGGUGUUUCUGCGGGUUUGGGGAAGAGCCGAAAGCGAGUGUUUCCAGUUCCUCACACCCAACCGCCCAAUCCCAUAUCUGAGGCCUACAGUUACUGCAACAUUCCCAACCGGACCGAACAGGCUUGGGAAGGUCACAGUCCUGCCGACUACAGGUUGCUGUCUGUCCAGGUGAUGAUUCGUCAUGGUGACCGCUAUCCUCUUUACUCUAUCCCAAAGACCAAGCGGCCAGCCAUCGACUGCACUCUGUCUAGCAGCAGACCACCGUCCCACCCACUGCUGAACUCCUUCAUUAACCACAUGGGCCAAGGGGGCCGCGGCCGCUGGGAGCCACCGUUGGGUUCCGUGUCUCGUCUCCCCAGUCAUAGCGCAUGUGAAAUUGGAGAACUCACACAGAUAGGUGUGGUGCAGCACCUUCGCAAUGGGCAGCUCCUCCACCAUGCCUACAAGCAGCACAGCCUCCUCCCCGCUGAUUUGUUGCCUCAGCAGGUUUGGGUAGAGACAACAGGGAAAAGCCGCACUCUCCAGAGUGGACUGGCGUUCCUCUACGGCUUCCUGCCAGACUUUGAUUGGACCAAGAUGACGAUUCAUCAUCAGUGGAGCACGUUGUUUUGUGGCUCAUCAUGCGACUGCCCAGCCAGGAACAGCUACCUAGAGGAUGACCAGAGAAGGCAGUACCGGCUCAGAGUGGCUAACACCAACCUAGACAGGACUUAUGCUGACAUGGCACACACUUUAGGUCUUCCCACUCGUCAGCUCAGAGCUGCGAACCCUAUAGACUCUCUGCUGUGCCACUUCUGUCAUGGCCUUCCCUUCCCAUGUGUUCCCUCUGGAAAUGGUGGUACUGGCGGAUGCCUGACUCUAGCACAGUUUGCUGUCAUUCGUCAACAGCAGCUUGAUGAUGAGGUGGAUCGGAGAAAAGCGGGGCUCUACCGUAAAUAUGCCAUUCUAGCCAUGUACCCCUACCUCAAUCGAACUGCUCUCAAGAUGGAACGGGUUGCUAAGGCUAGUGAGACGAGCACGCGGCCCCGUGUGGGGGGUGAGGAGAUCUUUACCCUAUCCUCAGCUCAUGAUGUCACUAUGGCCCCGUUGCUAAGUGCCCUUGGACUAGAAGAUGCUAAGUUUCCACGAUUUGCAGCAAGAAUAGUGUUUGAAUUGUGGAAGAGUCCCAGCGCCUCCCAAGGUCAAGCGAAAAGGAAAGCGGGGAAAGGGCAGAAGUCCAGUUUAAAAGACAGGGGUGUGUUCAUCAGGGUGCUGUACAACGGGGAGGAUGUGACCUUUCACACAGCCUUCUGUCUUUCCCAGGACCGUCACAUCAGCCAACCACUCUGUCCUCUGAACAACUUUCUGAAUUUUGUCAGAAGAGACAUGUUCAGCAUUGUUAACGCCACUUCCUACAAGGAGGCCUGCUACCGGCCGUUCGGCUGACCAAAGGACAGCACGUCAUCUGUUUCAAUAUUAGCUCUUUCGCUGCUCAUCAUGUUCUAAAUGUUCUAAAACUAGUUCGUUACAUUCCAAAAAGCACAGAUGACUCAGUUUUAUUCUUGAAAUGGACAAAAGAUUUUGGUGAGCAACACAUCUGGAGUCUUUGGAAGUCUUAGGUUUUACUAAAACAACACUUAGCCACUUUAUACUGUAACAGAAUAGAGUUGUGAAAUUUAUUGUUUACCAAAUAACUUCUUACAAUUAAAGCAGAGAAAUGCUGAAAUAAUCACCAAUUAGAAAUAUUUUGUCUGUAAAAUAUUUUAAUUAAAAGGAGCACUGUGCUAUCUUCCGGC